AUGUCUCGCAGCAACCUCAUCUACAGCGCGACCUACUCUAAUGUCCCUGUGUAUGAGUUCAACGUCGAUGGCAACCAUGUCAUGCGCCGCCGCAGCGACGACUGGAUCAACGCGACGCACAUCCUCAAGGUAGCCGACUACGACAAGCCCGCCCGCACCCGCAUCCUCGAGCGAGAAGUCCAGAAAGGCGUACACGAGAAGGUCCAGGGAGGUUAUGGCAAAUACCAAGGAACAUGGAUCCCUCUCGACAGUGGCAGAGAACUGGCCGCCAAGAAUGGAGUGCUGGAAAAGCUGCGCCCAAUGUUCGACUUCGUGCCUGGUGACAGGAGUCCUCCGCCAGCGCCCAAACAUGCCACUGCAACAUCCUCCAAGCCGAGACAGCCACGCGCUCCGGCCCAGCCCAAGCGCCAACCUGGUAAGAGAGCUCGUGAUUCUCCAGCGGACAGUCCGGCUAAGAGAAGCAAAGUCACUGCGCAGCCCGACUACGACCAGAUGGACGUCAGUGUGCAUGAUGGUGAGACGCCAGACAACGUCACGAUCGCCUCCGAAUCAUUCGAUGACUACGACAACUCCCACUUCACAGGAUCGCGGAAGAGGAGAAGGCUCGAGGAGACCAUGAGCCAGGCCGACAGGGAGCAUCAGCUUUGGGCGGACGAGCUUCUCGACUACUUCAUGCUACAGGACAAUCCGAUGGAUUCGCUACCUCAAGCUCCUCUGCCACCAGCUUCGGCCGACCUGGACCGUUCAAUAGACGAUAAAGGACACACCGCACUCCAUUGGGCCUCGGCAAUGGGCGAUAUCGAAGUCGUGAAAGACUUACUACGCAGAGGAGCCAACAUUGAUGUCCAGGCAAGGAACGGCGAGACUCCACUCAUGCGUGCUGCAAUCUUCACCAACAACUAUGAUCGACAGAAUAUGGACAGACUCGCCGGCCUUCUGAUGCGCACCGUUAAUAUGCAGAACUGGUAUGGCGAAACCGUCUUCCACCACAUCGCUCAAAGCACACAACGGAAGAGUAAGUAUGGAUGUGCUAGGUAUUAUAUGGACAGCAUCCUGAACCGCAUGGCCGACAUCCUCUCUCCCGACGGAAUUGUGCGCAUCCUUGACACGCCCGACCAGAAUGGCGAUACUGCCAUUACCAUCGCCGCGCGCAACGGAGCACGGAAGUGUGUCCGUAGUCUCAUCAGUCGAGGCGCUUCGACCGAGAUACCGAAUCAAUUCGGCGAAACUGCAGACCAGCUCAUUGUGCAGCUCAACCAACGCAGACAAGAGCGACAAAGCAAUCGCCACAUGUCCUCUUCCCCCUACCAGUUUGAUACAAGUCAGAGUACAAUCGCGGUCGGCGCCUCGCAGUCGCACAUGAACGGAUUAGAUGGCAAUAUACCUAUCGAUCCUCUGCUUGUGUCACAACAAUCUCUGGCUGGCGGCGGCGGCUCCCAAAACAUAGAUCCUUCGGACUCAUACAGAUCUGACGACGCGCUCGCAUUGAUAUCAUCUGUGAUGCCCACUAUCUUCAAUAAGGCGAGGACACUGGCUCUUAGUAUUGACACUGAAGUCGCCGAAAAGGAGGCAGAACUGGCGGAAGCAGAACGGGUCGCCGCCGCGCGCCGGCAAGAGAUCGAGCUCCUCAAGCGACAAGCUGAAGAGCUUCGCGCCGAGGAAGAGCACGUUGGCAGUGGAGCUGUGGAUGGCGACGAUGCUCUGCUGACGGAGCUGGAAGAACUCAUGCAAGAAUGCGAAGGCCUCACGGCAGAGGAACAAGACACCGCACUGAAAGAACUCAUUCUACAAGAGGAAGCAGAGGCGGACGAGAACAUGCAGAACGAGGACUUGCUCAUUGGCACCGAAGACGACUCUCUCGAGCACAGGAUGGAGCUUGUACAAGAACUCCAUGGCCUGGUCCAGCAACGCAAAGAUCUGUUCAAAACAAUAGUGCAGAAUCUGUCGAACGCCGGCAUUGAUGAGAAGCAACACGAGUACAAGCGGUUGAUCACCGGCGCGCUCGAUGUGCGGGAGGAGGAUGUCGAGGGUAUGCUGCCAGAGAUUGUGGCAGAGCUCGAGGACUGGCAGAUGGAGGUUGGCGCAGCGUCCUAG